CUCUGAACUACCGAUGGAUGGCAGCAAUGCGCUAACCACGCCCAGUCUGCCGGAAACUCGAAGAAGAAGAAACUCAUUCACUUCACUCCUUCGUGGUACUGCCCUUCCUCUCACCUUCAGUCUAUAACUUUCAAGGCCCUACACCAUGUCUAUCCUGAAGAUCCAUGCCCGGGAGAUCUUCGAUUCCCGUGGAAACCCCACGGUAGAGGUUGAUCUGUUUACUGACAAAGGGCUGUUCAGAGCAGCUGUACCCAGUGGUGCCUCUACAGGCAUUUACGAGGCUUUGGAGCUGAGGGACAAUGACAAGUCACGUUACCUUGGGAAAGGUGUGUCAAAAGCUGUAGAGAACAUCAAUUCAACUCUCGCCCCGGCACUUGUUGGUCAGGAUGUGUCUGUGGUUGAGCAAGAGAAAAUCGAUCAGAUGAUGCUGGACUUGGAUGGCACUGAGAACAAGUCCAAGUUUGGUGCAAACGCUAUUCUGGGCGUGUCUCUGGCUGUGUGUAAGGCUGGUGCAGCAGAGAAAGGAGUCCCCCUGUAUAGGCAUAUAGCUGACCUUGCUGGUAAUUCAGAGGUUAUCUUGCCUGUGCCGGCCUUCAAUGUGAUCAAUGGUGGAUCUCAUGCAGGUAACAAGCUUGCCAUGCAGGAGUUCAUGAUCCUGCCUGUAGGCGCCAGCACCUUUAAGGAGGCUAUGCGCAUUGGAGCUGAGGUGUACCACAAUCUUAAGAAUGUCAUCAAGAAGAAGUAUGGCCAAGAUGCUACCAAUGUGGGCGAUGAGGGUGGAUUUGCUCCUAACAUCCUAGAGAACCAGGAAGCUUUGGAGUUGCUGAAAGAGGCCAUUUCCAAAGCAGGUUACACGGAUGAGAUUGUCAUUGGCAUGGAUGUGGCAGCCUCCGAAUUCUAUCGUGAUGGCAAAUAUGAUUUGGAUUUCAAGUCUCCUGAUGACCCAAGCCGUUACAUCACACCAGAUGAGCUAGCUGACCUCUACAAGAGCUUUGUCAAGGACUAUCCAGUUGUAUCUAUUGAGGACCCGUUUGACCAGGAUGACUGGGAGGCCUGGUCCAACUUUACUAACAGCACAGACAUCCAGGUUGUUGGAGAUGACCUUACAGUGACCAACCCCAAACGCAUCACUAAAGCUGUGGAAGACAAGGCCUGCAACUGCCUCUUGUUGAAGGUCAAUCAGAUCGGCACUGUUACUGAGUCAAUGCAAGCGUGUAAGAUGGCCCAGUCCAGUGGCUGGGGAGUCAUGGUUAGCCAUCGCUCAGGGGAGACAGAGGACACAUUCAUUGCUGAUCUUGUGGUGGGCUUAUGCACUGGACAGAUAAAGACUGGCGCACCCUGCCGUUCUGAGCGUUUGGCGAAGUACAACCAAAUCCUCAGAAUUGAAGAAGAGUUGGGAAACAAGGCUCGCUUUGCUGGGAAAAACUUUAGGAACCCACUGAUAAACUAGAGUUGAGUCUUACCAGUGUUUAACAAUCAGCAGAAACGUGCACAAACAGUCAGUGGAAUACACAGAGUUUAUUGUAACUGAGUACUGACAUUAGGCAGGCCAACUGAAGACAGACAUUGGAAAAGUGUUACUGCUUUCUUGUUAAUAUAAAGUAUUAAGAUUUGUUUAUGCUUGGUCAAAACUUUGCUGCCCUAGAUGUACAAGGCUGCAGAGGGACUGUAAAUUGGGAAGUGUUGCAGUCAAGGUCAUCAAUGUAUACAGUAUUUGACUGUGUUAAUAAUAAUAAUAGAGGAAGUUAUGUAUAUUUGUGGAAGACACCAGAUUUGUGAACAAUGGAAGCUGUAGACUGACUACAUUUAUAGAUAUGGUUAAAUUUAACUAAUGCUUGAAAUAAACAUUUGUGCGAAAUUGUUAGUGGUUCCGAUGAAUAAUAAACUCAAAGUGUAUAUUA